AUGCUCUGCUCUGGUUUUCUGAUUUUGCAAUUAAGCAAAUGUUUUGUAUGGUUUUCCCAGAAUUGGUACUGCUAUGGCAAAGCAGUGGCAGAGCAAGCAGCAUGGGACACUGCCAAGGAGCUUGGGGUCGACCUGGUUGUAAUCAACCCAGUCCUCACACUUGGUCCCAUGCUUCAACAGACCGUGAAUGCCAGUGUCCUUCACAUACUCAAGUACCUAACAGGGUCCGCAAAAACCUACGCUAACUCCAUCCAGGCCUACGUGCACGUCAAGGAUGUGGCCUUAGCCCACCUACUCUUGUUCCAGACACCAGAGGCUUCCGGAAGGUACUUAUGUGCCGAGAGUGUGCUCCACCGUGGUGACGUGGUGGAGAUUCUCGCCAACUUAUUCCCAGACUAUCCUAUCCCCACCAAGUGCUCAGAUGAGAAGAACCCAAGAAAAAAACCAUACAAAUUUUCGAACCAAAGGCUCGUUGACUUGGGCAUGGAGUUCACGCCGGUUAAGCAGUGUUUAUAUGAGACAGUCAAAAGCCUUCAGGAAAAAGGCCACCUUCCUAUCCCAAAUCAGAACGAUGAGCCCAUUUGUAAUCAGUCUUAG